CAGGCCCUGGGAACAUCCGGCUUUCUCCCCACCGCCUGGAGAAGGCGAGCGCGAUGUUCGGUGCCGGGGAUGAGGACGACACCGACUUCCUCUCGCCUAGUGGCGGUGCCAGACUGGCCUCUCUUUUUGGACUGGAUCAGGUUGCUGCUGGCCAUGGAAAUGAAUUCUUCCAGUAUACAGCUCCAAAGCAGCCUAAGAAAGGCCCGGGAACAGCAGCAAUAGGAAAUCAGGCAACACCAAAAACAGCACCAACCACAGCGGGCACUUCCACAGUACUGGUUGCAACAGCAGUCCAUGCAUAUCGAUACACAAAUGGUCAGUAUGUAAAGCAGGGCAAAUUUGGUGCUGCAGUCCUGGGGAACCACACAGCCAGAGAGUAUAAGAUUCUUCUUUAUAUCAGUCAGCAACAACCAGUUACUGUUGCUAGAAUUCAUCUGAACUUUGAGCUAAUGGUUCGCCCCAAUAACUAUAGCACCUUUUAUGAUGACCAACGACAAAACUGGUCCAUCAUGUUUGAGUCGGAAAAGGCUGCUGUGGAGUUCAAUAAACAGGUGGGCAUUGCCAAGUGCAAUAGCACCUCUUCCUUGGAUGCAGUGCUCACUCAGGACCUCAUUGUGGCAGAGGGCCCCGCUGUGGAAGUUGGAGAUUCUUUGGAAGUGGCUUAUACUGGCUGGCUCUUUCAGAAUCAUGUGCUCGGCCAGGUUUUUGACUCUACUUCUAACAAAGAUAAGUUGCUUCGCCUGAAAUUAGGAUCAGGAAAAGUCAUCAAGGGCUGGGAGGAUGGAAUGCUGGGAAUGAGAAAAGGAGGAAGGAGAUUGCUUUUCAUCCCUCCAGCCUGUGCUGCUGGCUCUGAAGGAGUAAUAGGCUGGACUCAGUCCAUGGACUCAAUCCUGGUGUUUGAAGUGGAGCUUAAGCGGGUGAAGUUUGCCAGAGAUUCUGGCUCUGAUGGGCACAKUGUUAGUUCCCGGGAUUCUGCGGCUCCUUCUCCCAUACCUGGUGCUGACAACCUUUCUGCUGAUCCUGUUGUGUCACCACCCACAUCGGUGCCUUUCAAAUCAGCGGAGCCAGCUCUUCAUACCAAAUCUAACUCCCUCAGCGAACAGCUUACAAUAAAUACAAAUCCUGAUACAGUCAAGGCCAAGUUGAUCUCUCGGAUGGCUAAAAUGGGCCAGCCCAUGCUGCCCAUUCUUCCACCACAGCUGGAUUCCAAUGACUCAGAAAUUGAAGAUGUGAAUACCCAACGAGGAGCUGGACAGCCCCUGGUGACUCCAUCCGUACGGCCCUCUCUUCAGCCUGCUCAUCCAGCGUUACCACAGAUGACUACACCGGCCCCUCAGGCAUCUGUUUCUGGGCUCCAAGCACCCUCUGCUACCUUAAUGCAAGUUGCAUCUCUUGAUUCCCAUUCAACUGUGUCUGGAAAUGCCCAGUCCUUUCAGCCCUGUGCAGGUAUGCAAGCUUACACAUAUCCCCAGGCAUCCUCAGUCACCUCCCAGCUGCAGCCUGUUCGACCCUUGUAUCCUGCACCACUGUCCCAGGUUCCCCACUUUCAAGGAUCAGGUGACAUGGCUUCAUUUCUUAUGACCGAAGCCCGGCAACAUAACACUGAGAUUCGAAUGGCAGUAAGCAAAGUGGCUGAUAAAGUGGAUCAUCUCAUGACUAAGGUUGAAGAGUUACAGAAGCAUGGUGCUGGCAAUUCCAUGCUUAUUCCCAGCCUGUCAGUGACGAUGGAAACAAGCAUGAUCAUGAGCAACAUUCAGAGAAUCGUUCAGGAAAAUGAAAGAUUGAAGCAAGAGCUACUUGAGAGGAGCAGUCGGAUAGAAGAACAGAAUGACAAGAUUAGUGAACUAAUUGAACGGAAUCAGAGGUAUGUUGAGCAGAGUAACCUGAUGAUGGAGAAGAGGAACAACUCACUUCAAACAGCCACAGAAAACACACAGGCAAGGGUAUUGCAUGCUGAACAAGAGAAGCUCUCCACACCAGCAGCAGAAUUUGGUCCAGGGUGGGAAUCAGGGAGCCAUCCCAUCCACUGCGCUAAGGUGACAGAAGAGUUAGCAGCAGCCACUGCACAGGUCUCUCACCUGCAGCUGAAAAUGACUACACAUCAAAAGAAGGAAACAGAGCUGCAGAUGCAGCUGGCAGAAAGCUCAAAGGAGGCCGGUCUACUUCGGGGCCAGCUUGCCAAACUGCAGGCAGAGCUCUCAGAGCUCCAGGAAACCUCAGAGCAAGCACAGUCCAAAUUCAAAAGUGAAAAGCAGAACCGGAGGCAACUGGAACUCAAGGUGACCUCCCUGGAGGAGGAGUUGACUGAUUUACGAGCUGAGAAAGAGUCCCUGGAAAAGAACCUCUCAGAAAGGAAAAAAAAGUCAGCUCAAGAGCGCUGCCAGGCCGAGGAGGAGAUGGAUGAGAUUCGCAAGUCGCACCAGGAGGAACUGGACAAACUUCGACAGCUCUUGAAAAAGGCCAGAGUGUCCACAGACCAAGCAGCUGCAGAGCAGCUGUCUCUGCAGGCUGAUCUACAAACCCAGUGGGAAGCAAAGUGUGAGCAUCUGUUGGCCUCCGCAAAGGAAGAGCACCUGCAGCAGUACCAGGAAGUGUGCGCACAGAGGGAUGCCCACCAGCAGAAGCUAACACGCCUUCAAGAAAAGUGCUUAGCCCUCCAGGCCCAAGUCACAGCCCUCACAGAGCAAAAUGAACAGCACAUCAAGGAACAGGAGAAGAACAAGUCCCAGAUGUCUGGGGUUGAAGCUGCUGCUGACCCCUCAGAGAAGGUCAAGAAGAUUAUGAACCAGGUGUUCCAGUCAUUGCGGGGUGAGUUUGAGCUGGAGGAAUCUUACGAUGGCAGGACCAUUCUGGGGACCAUCAUGAAUACAAUCAAGAUGGUGACUUUACAGCUGUUGAGCCAGCAGGAGCGAGAGAAGGGAGACAGCAGCAGUGAGGAAGAUGAGCGGCCUCUUGGACCCUCCCAGGAGCGGUCAGCCCCAGCCACGUCUGGGCUGUGUUCCCCACCCGAGAGUACGGAGGGGCAGGAGGCCACCGUGGUGCUGUCGGAGCAGGGAGUAGAAGAGGUCACCCCAUCGCCUCCACAGGCUCUCCGCACACCUGAGGACAGUGUAGAGAGAAGGAAAGGGGAGCCCGUUACAGAGGUGCUUUCAGAGAUCGAAGAUGGUUUCCUCCCACCCAAACCGGCCUGUACCCCAACUCACAGAGCUCUGGGACCCCCAACUUCGAUUCCACCUAAGCCUCCAGGCCCUGUACCUAUGAACUCUGAGUGUGAGGAGACACCUGUUGCUGGCCCAAUGACAGCCAGGUCUGACAACAUAGCAGGAAAGGUGCAUGUUGGGACAGUUCCAGAUGGCGCACCUCAAGAAACCUCCAGGAGACCAUCACUGACUCUAGACCCAGAAAAGGGGGACCCACCAGCCUUAGGGCCUGAAAGCCCAGGAGAGCCCCAGCCUCCACAGCUCAAUGAUGAUGAGGAUGUCACCAGCUCUGCUGAUCCCUUUGAGGAGCCACUAGGCUCUACAGCUGCAGGAACAGCCCUCAGACCCAACCAUGGCUCUCAGCAUUCCAGUGUCUCUGGGGAUGAAGAGGAUGAACUGUUUCAAGGGGCAACUCUGAAAGUUUCAAGGCCCAAAGUACAGCCAGAGGAGGAGGAUGAAGAUGAGGUGAGCAUGAAGGGACGCCCACCCCCAACACCCCUUUUUGGAGAUGACGGUGAUGAUGAUGACAAUGACUGGCUGGGAUGAAGACCCAGGAAGCUGGCGCACAGGUUUCUCCUCCAGCCCCUCCCUAAGCAUGAUUUUGCACAGCCAGCCCUGGGUCUAGGCAAACCACAGGGUGAGGUCAAGGUGAGCAUUCUGAGGACAGUAGUUCAGAUGUCGGAGUUAGCUGGCUACCUUCUGAGCCCCACACCUGACCUGGCAAAGAGGAUUGUGACCCUGUUUUCAGAACUGGUAUUUUGAGCAGCCCACUGUGGUCCUGCCUUCAAGUCCCAGUUGGAAGAAGGAUUGAGAGGCUCCAGCUCGUCACCUACAACAGUCCUGCCCUCUUCCAAGCUUUCUCUUCUCUUCAGUCACUCUCAGACUAAUCCAAGAACCCCUUCCAUCUAUCUCCCAGGGCUCAACUGUGCCCCAGCAACAAGAUCUAUCACCUGGGGAGAGGUCUCCGUGGAAAACUAAGAGGAGAUCACACCAUCUUGAUCCCAGUUCAGUUAGCAGUCUGGCCUGUGGUCCAAGGACAUGUUAUCUUUUAUCUCUGCCUUAAUCUUAUACAAGAGGUCAAUGAAUAUUUGAAAUUAACCAAACUAAAAUAAAUAUCUCUAAAGAAUCUUGACUUGGGCCCUUGGGGAGAAACUGAGUGUGGCUCUAAGGGAUUUCUUGUGGUGCUGUCUGGAAAUCUUAGGAGCUGUGACUGGGUCAAUGUGCACAAAGCACUGUGGCAUAUUCCCUGUGGCACCUAACCCUAGAACUUUUAGGCCUUCAAAGAAAAGCACCACUCUGCUGUCCAGCUGCGUGAGGCUCGGGGCAUUGUGGUUUGCUGAGGACUAGCCUGUUGCUUAUUCCUGCAGGCUCAGUCCUACAGCCUCGGAAGCCAUGCAGAAGGUGGGAGGACCCUUCAUUUUCAACGUCCAUGGCACCUGAGGGAUUCUUCACUUUAAGAGCAGCUUCUUUUCCUUUGAACUCAGAGGACCAGGACUAGUGUAGAAAAGAGUAAUUAGAAAAUCUUUAUAGUCGUUAUAUUUAUUCUGGGAUCUUCCAAAGUCUUCAAGAAGUAUAAUAAUUUUAAGAAAGAAGUUCUCUGAUUUUAAGUGUUUAUGAGAUAGGAAUCUGAACUCUAACUCUGGGUCAUCUGCCAUGUGGGGGCCUGGGAGGCAGCAAUAAAGACCAAGUAUUUUGUUACUUAACAGGUGUCCCUGGGUGGGGGAGCAACUGACACAGAUGGUCUUAUAUCCAGCAACCAUUGUAGAGAUGCUGUUAUCCCCAUUUUCUACAGGAGAAAAUGGAGGAUUUGGGAGGUAAAGUAACUUGUCCAAAUGCACAGGUAGUGAUCUGCAGAACAAGAAUUCAAAUCCUGGCUGUCUGAUUUGAGAGCCUGGGCUCUGCGCCACCACCCUUGCCUGAUAGUCACUGGAUUGAGAGGAAGGAGCCAGUGAUGCCUGUUAGAAAUCCAUGUCCUGGGCCCCACCCCAGAUCUCCUAAGACAGAAUUCCCAUCCUGUUAUGUUAAAAUACAAAAGAGUAUAGAGUCUUCACAGUCUGAAUGUAUUUUCUUGUCCCAUGAGUUCUGCGUGCCUUGGCCAAGUUACUCCUACCCUUUUGGCUUCAGCCCCCUCAGCUGAACUGAAGAAACAAACUCAGAAUCUAAGUCCUGGCUCUGCCACUUUUAAGCUGGAUGCCUUUCUGUUUCUGCUUCCCUGUCUCUAAGAUGAAGACAGAAGUAGUCUCUACCUUGCUGUGAGAAUUAAAUGAGCUAAUAUUUGUAUAAAGUGCUUAAAACAUUGCCAGGCACAUAAUAAGCACUUAUGUAGGUGUUUGUUAAACUAUUUAAACUGUAAAUAGGGACUCUUGUCACCUUUUGUGACUUGGCUCUAAAGGCUGUUGACAUGAGAACAACGGAUUAUCUGUUGAAUCACUCUGAAGAGCAAAGAUUAGGAAAAUUUUAAAAGUUCUCUCUGCUAGAAAAUCCUAAAAUGAAUCACCACGUUUAAAACAACUAUCCAAUGAGGAGUUUGCUGAUCACCCAUGAAGUUCAGAUUCCUAUCUCAUAAACAUUUAAAAUCAGAGAACAUUCUUUCCAGGGGAGGGAGCCUUAGAGGGUCAGGACCUAAUGAUGGAUGGAGAAGGCUCCAUUGGCAUUGCAGGGGACAUUCAAAAUCAUAUAUCUUUGAGGCCCUGGGCAGCUUCCAGUUCCUUGCAUGCACGAGGAGAAGCCACCAAGAAACCCUAGAUGUGGCACAUAAUUUCUGACAAUUAUUUCUUAUUGUAAGUUAAAAGUGGUCAUUAUAUUUUUGCUUCUGCCCUCAGAGAGAAAAGGUGCUAUUAAUCUUCAUAGUGUUUACAGUCUGGGUGACAGUUACUUUUUUUAUAGCAGGUACCUGAUUCAUGUCUGUCACAUGAACAAAUGAAUGUUGACCAAGUUGACAUUCUGGGUGCCUACCUGUGGGCACAGUGUUUCAGGGCUCAUUUUCUUAAGCAGAGUUGUCUUCUUCAGUCCUCAGUCAGUCAUACGGGUGCACCUCCAGCUCCAUGCCCCCUCCCUCUGCACAUGCCCCCUCCCCCUUGUUGUCACAAGGGGUAUGUGUGCUUACUGCUGGACUGAGGACAGAGUCACUGACUGUUUAAAAAUAUGUAUUUAUUAAAAUGUAAUUGUUUUUAAUUCCCAAAGCUUAAGACAUCUUUUCAUCUAGCCUGUGAGGUACUUGAACAUGGGUAUUAUAGUCCACAGCAGCGAUUUUCUCUCCCUGUAAAGUGAUAAAAAGAUUUUCUUUUCUGUAAAGUGAAGAGGUUAAAAUAUCCAGAGUUUGUCUAACUAAAAAUGCACUGGCUUUGGUUUGACUGCUCCCUGCAUCCAGUCGAUGUCCCCUUAGGCUUAACCUGUAUUUUCAGUGACUGAAUUGUGUUUCCCCACAGGUCUCUAUGAGUGGGCAGUAAGUGAUAAAAGAGGAUCCAGAUUAAAAGGUGGGGGCAUUGAGGUCAUGAGGCGCUCCCAGACACCUUGGCCAUUAGAUCACCCUCCCCUAUGGGCAGUGCCGUCGGGUGGAAGGAGCUCAGUCCAUCCAGAGGACAAACCAGCCGCCUUUAAUCAGUUGUCACUUAUUUUCUCCCCAAGAAAGGGAGGCAGGUCUCAGCGGUUGCUGCCUUACAUCAUGAAUAAGAUGAAAUAAUUUCUUUGAAAAACUGUUUUGUAUGAAUGUGCAAAAGUGCUAAUCAGGAGAUCAGUGGGAAAAAUUUAAAAGUCUUAGUCUAUUCUAUGGAUCAUGUGGACAAACUAUGUGUUCCAAAGGCA